AUGGUGUCAUUGGGGCCGGGUUGCACUGGGCCGCUGAGGGAUGCCUCCGUCGCAUUGUGCUCCCCUACUCCUCCCCCGCCGGCGACUCCGGUGCCUCCUCCAGGCAAUGCUCCAUCGGCGAGUCCAGUGCCUCCCCCGACAGCGAGUCCUCCCCCGUCGUCAAACUCCCCGACUCCAUCGACUUACUCCACCUCUUCUCCACCAGCGUCUCCGCUAAUUUCUCCAAAUGGGGGCUUGCCGCCGUGGAAGCUGGCGCUGAUAGUGGGGAUUGGGAUUGGGGGCCUCAUCGUGUUGGUUGGGUUGUGCAUAUUCGUGAUUAUUAAUCGAAGGAAGAGGAGGCGGCUUGAUUCGGGGAGUUGUCCUCCACCGGGGCCUAAAGGCAUGGAAUUAGGCUUUGCACAGAACAAAUUCACGUACAAAGAGAUAAAAAUAGCAACAGGUCAUUUCUCCAAUUUCAACUUACUUGGCCAAGGUGGCUUUGGCUACGUUCAUAGAGGAGUGCUUUCAAGCGGGAAAGUAGUUGCAAUCAAACAGUUAAAAGUUGGAAGCCGACAAGGGGAGAGGGAAUUUCAAGCAGAGAUCGAGAUUAUCAGUCGCAUCCAUCAUAGACACCUUGUUUCACUCGUUGGUUAUUGCAUUUCUGGUGCUCAUAGAAUUCUGGCCUAUGAGUUUGUUCCAAAUAGCACAUUGGAAUUUCAUUUGCACGGAAAGGAUCAACCAACCAUGACUUGGACUAUAAGGAUGAAAAUUGCUUUAGGUUCUGCAAAAGGGUUAGCAUAUCUGCAUGAGGAAUGUAAUCCCAAAAUCAUUCACCGUGACAUCAAAGUUGCUAAUAUUCUUCUGGAAUCCAAUUUUGAGGCAAAGUCCGCGAACACCGCCUCACCGCGCACGCCGACGCCGCCCGGGAGCUCAAGCCGCCCCAUCGCCGCAAUAGCCCGCGCCGCCCCGAGUCCCCGACGCCCGAGUCUUCCUCCGCCCAAGCCCACCGUGCCGCGCCGAGCCCCCGCCCCCGCUCCGCUCGCGUUUAUUCCGCCCGAGCGCCCGGCCGACGCUUGCCGUGCAGCCGUGACUGCAAAUGCGCCUCCGCCCAAGCACCGGCACUCGAUUCACCCCUCGCCGCCGUUGCUAUACGUUUCUAUAGCAGAUCCCGAGCUAUCCUCGCCCCGACGUCCGUCACUCCGCCCGUCCCCUAUGCCCGCAAGCUCGCAUCGCCGCCUCAGCCCGUCUUUGCUCGCGCCAACCCGACACUCCGCUAGCGUCGCUGCUGUAUCUUCGUCGGCCACCUCCGUCCACGAGCACCCGCAACCCCUCGCGACCGACGUUGCACUGCAGCGGCUCCGCCCGAACGACGACACCGAAGCCGCCGCCAAUUCGAGUUUGAUCGACCCGAACAGCCUCCGCCCGACGCCCAUCCGACCGUUGCUGACCUGCGAUCGGCGACCCAGUCGCAAGCCGUGGACCCGCGCCGCUCGAUCCGACUUGCCGCUGCCUGCCCCGCCAACAACGACCCACAAUGCCUAA